AUGGAGAGGCCAUCCGGUCCGAAUCCGGCGCAGAUGGGGCUCCCUGGCAAUCCGGCCCAGGGGCGUCGGGCUGCUUUUGCUGCUGGCAUCAACAUCCCGCCCCCGCCUCCCAUCCCAAAGACUGUUCGGAAGAUUCCGUCCAAUUCUGGCCUCACGGCCUCGGCCCCUAUCGCACAGAGCCAAGUCAUCGUCCUUGCGAGGGACGCCAUGAAGAAGGCCGUCGAGGAAAACCAGAGCCAGGCUGCCGAAGCCAGCGCCGUUAGUAGCGAGCUGAAGCCAGGCGUGACUGUCAACCUGAGCCAUAAGAAUAUCCAGAAGCUGCCAGAGGAGGUUGUGGAUGUUAUAAAGGACCAGCUAGAAAGGCUGGCCCUCUCACACAACAAAAUCUCCUCUUUCCCAGCUCGGUUCGCCGAAUGCACAUUGCUUCGAUACUUGAACGUCCGCAAUAACAGGAUUAGCGAGUUCCCACUACCGCUAUGUGAUCUGAAAUCACUCGAGAUCCUCGACCUCGGCAGGAAUCAGUUGCGAAAUCUACCACCAGACAUUGCGAGGCUUACCUCACUGAAGGUUUUCGCAGUGCAGAAAAACCUGAUCAAGGAGCUUCCCCUCUGUCUGGCUGAUAUGGGCUCGUUGCAAAUGAUAAAGCUUGAUGGAAAUCCGAUAGUCUUCCCCCCAAAAGAGAUCCUUCAGGCGCAAGCUAGCAGCCCACCCAACGACGGAUUCUUGAAGGAAACAGAAGUGAAGGAGUUGACCGUUACAACUGCCAUCAAGAAAUUCCUGAGGCAACACGCCAACGAUCGAAUGGAAGCAGAGGCUGCUGCCGCCGGCGAGGACUCUUCUGAAGGUGUCGAGACACCACGCCUGGCCCCAAUGAAGCGCCCUGCAAGCGGGCGCUUCCCCAUCAAGGUCAAUGGCACUGACGUGCCUGAUCUUCGAUCGCCAAACAACGCCCCACGACCACCCCCAAUUCCCACGCGAUCACAUUAUCGUGGACUUUCUCAACAGAGCACAACAUCAAUUCGUCGACCUGGUGUCAUGCCUUUGACAAUGGGAGGGAACGUCAAUGAGCGCGUGCGCAGCAACUCCGAAACGCUACUUCAGGCUCGCAAUCAAUACUCCGGUGACCGCCAGCGCCGCAUGGCAUCCAUAUCCAAGCGGACACAGGAGCUAGGCACAUUGGACGAAACUCAGGCCAACAACCGCUUUAGCCAUUAUCGUGGCCUCAGUCACGGUUCAGCCAUGCAAGCCCCCAACGGCGCCAGCAUGACCAUCAAAAGCCCCGCCAGCCCCGCAGAGCCAUUCCUUCAACGCCCGAUUUAUGUGCGACGGCUUUCAGUUCUGCCUGAGCGCCGGCGUGAGUCCAAGUACAUCGACCCCGUACUCGAAGCGGCCAAAGGCAUCCUCUACUCAGUCUUCCAAAUCCACCCGAUGAUCCAGAUGCUGAUGCAUCUCACGAGCGAUGGCACAUCUAAGCGAUCCAGCCUCGAAAUCGUCUUCUACAAUACCAAUGUACACGUUGAGGAGCUCGAGCAGGAGAUACAGAGGCACGAGGCGGCCAUCGAGACGGAAGAUUCUGGUUAUAAAGAGAACGAAAGCGUGCAGAGGGCCUGCAUCACCCUGGUCAAUGCUUACGCGCACGUUUGUUCACUGUUGGCAACAAAUGUCGACCUGUUCAUUGAAAAUGGCGAUCCAAGAUACAUUCGCACGCUCCUGAUGCUACUGUACAACAGCAUUAUGGAGCUUCGCGUGACGGUUUCCAAUCCAAGCCCUGACGCCGGGUUUAGGAGAGCUGCCAGCAGAGCCGCAAUGGGCGAUACCAUCCGCCCACAACCCCAUUCGCGCGAGAGCUCGGUAACCCCCACGGCUGAUCGACCAGGGCAUGGCCUGCGAUCUCGUAGCGGAAACUUCGUCCACAACCCAAGCAAUCUAAGAGUGGCUACCGACGUGCCGCUCAACCCGUUGCAAGUUCCGUAUAUUAAUGGAACAGGGCGUACUGCAACAGUCACUCCCACGCCGCGAUCCGGGGAAUCUUGGACAUCGAACAGCAGCAGAGGCAUGAACGGAGACUUCACGGAAGAAGACCGGGUGUUCGAGAGGAUCUACCUGUCUCUCCAGAGAUCAACCGAUUGGAUUAUGCGGUCCCUGCCCUCGCUCAAUAGCCAAUUUGGGGCUUGUCUGGACAACGCCAUAGCCCACAGCACACCCAAGGUCGUACAGUACUGGAGAGCACUGAUUCUUAAGUGCAACACAGCCAUCCAGAACACCGAGACGCUCAAGAAGCGUCUGUCCCUAAUCAAGCUCAAGGAACCAGGUAUCAGGACCCACAGCGCCUUCUGGGCACUUUGCACAAACUUCAUUGAUGCGUGGGCCGAGCUGGGGAAGAUGAUUAAGCACAUCACCAACGGCGUGCCAGAAGUGCAACUACCAAAUGACACUCGGCAGCGCCUCCGGCCCGUGCAGCACAGCAUCAAGGAGACUCGCGACUUGAUUCGAGCGUCACCCUGGUCCGACUCCCUCCGCGCGCACAAUCACUCGAACUCAACGUCGAGCUCGCUCGGUGGCUCCUUUUCGCAGAGUCAGGUGCCUGCAGCCCAGUCUGGCCAACUGCCCAUGACACCCCAAUCUGCGGCGCUCGGACCCGCUGUUCAGGCUACCGUCGCGACCCCACAAAGCGCCUCGUUCGCCAAAGCGUUCAACGGCGGAGUGUUCGAGCGGGCUGAUGCGCUCAUAUCUAUGGGCGGACGGUCAAUGCAUGGGUCACGGACAGGAACCAUGUCCAGCGCUGGGUCGUCGAGCCUCAACUCUAUCACCAGCAUUUCGUCCAACGACGAACUUAUGACGCCCAACACGGCGGUUAGCCCCGGGCCCGGGUCCUACGGCGGGCAGCUCCCAUUCCGCUUGGGCAACGGAACCAGGGUCGCACUCUGA